GAGCGGCGGCGGCACACGCAGCCGCCCGCGGAGUGAAGGAGGCAGCGACCGAGCGGGCGGACGGCGGCCGCGGGAGAUGUGCCCGGAGGAGGACGGCGGCUGCGGCGGCGGCGGCGGCGGCAGCGUAGCCGGCACCGGUGGCCCCGAGGCGGCGGCUGCGGUGGCGCUGGACGAGCUCCGCUCCUGGUGGGAAGUCCCGGCCAUCGCGCACUUUUGCUCGCUCUUCCGCACCGCCUUCCGCUUGCCCGACUUCGAGAUCGAGGAACUGGAAGCUGCUCUUCACGGGGAUGAUGUGGAGUUUAUCAGCGACCUGAUCGCUUGCCUUCUUCAAGGUUGCUAUCAGCGCAGAGACAUCACAUCCCAGACGUUUCACAGCUACCUGGAGGACAUCAUCAACUACCGCUGGGAGCUGGAGGAAGGGAAGCCCAACCCUCUGAGGGAGUGCACUUUCCAGGAGCUGCCCCUGCGCACACGGGUGGAGAUCCUGCACCGCCUCUGUGACUACCGCCUCGACGCUGACGAUGUCUUCGACCUCCUCAAGGGCUUGGACGCCGACAGCCUCCGCGUGGAGCCGCUGGGCGAGGACAGCAGCGGCGCCCUGUACUGGUACUUCUACGGCACCAGGAUGUACAAGGAGGACCCGGUGCAGGGCAAAACCAACGGGGAGCUGGCUGCAGACAGGGGAUGUGGGGGGCAGAAAAACACCCCAAAUGUUCCUGGGAAAACGGGCAAGAGAAGAGGGCGACCUCCAAAGCGGAAAAAACUACUGGAGGAAAAUUUGCUGAGGGAGAAGGCAGAAGAAAGCUUGCUUAUCCACGAGACUCAGAUAAGAAAUGGGUCCCAGGGGCCUGGCCGUGGGACAUGGUGGUUGCUGUGCCAGACGGAAGAGGAGUGGAGGCAGGUCACAGAGAGCUUCAGAGAGAGGACUUCCCUUAGAGAGAGGCAGCUCUACAAACUCUUGAGUGAAGACUUCCUGCCGGAGAUCUGCAACAUGAUUGCACAGAAGGAGAAGCGUCUGCAGCGGACAGAGUUUUCUCCCAGGUGGAUGUCUGACCAUCAGCCCAUCAAACCAAUCAAGCAGGAGGUAAACCCAAAUGUGCUGAGCUCAAUGGAGAAGCAGAGGCGCAGAGAGGAAGAGGAGGAGCGCCAGAUCCUUAUAGCAGUGCAGAAGAGAGAGCAGGAACAGCUGCUAAAGGAGGAGAGGAAGAGGGAGAUGGAGGAGAAGGUCAAAGCAGUGGAAGAACGGGCCAGGAGGAGGAAACUUCGUGAAGAGCGGGCCUGGCUGCUGGCACAGGGGAAGGAGCUGCCCCCUGAGCUUUCCCACUUGGAUCCCAGUUCCCCUGGCAGGGAAGAGCGAAGGACCAAGGACAUCUUUGAACUGGACGAUGAGUUCACAGCCAUGUACAAAGUUCUAGAUGUGGUGAAGGCUCACAAGGACUCUUGGCCCUUCCUGGAGCCCGUUGAUGAAUCGUAUGCUCCCAACUACUACCAGAUCAUUAAGGCCCCCAUGGAUAUCUCCAGCAUGGAGAAGAAGUUGAAUGGAGGUCAGUACUGCACCAAGGAUGAAUUUGUGGGUGAUAUGAAGACCAUGUUCAGGAACUGUCUCAAGUACAAUGGCGAAGGCAGUGAAUACACAAAGAUGGCUUACAACUUGGAGAGGUGUUUCCACCGAGCAAUGAUGAAGCACUUCCCUGGGGAAGAUGGAGACACAGAUGAGGAGUUUUGGAUCAGAGAGGACGGGAGACGAGACAAGAGGAGCCGGCGGACCGGCCGCUCCAGCACAGGCAGUGUCUGGACUCGAUCACGAGACUCAGAUGGGGCCGGCAAGAGACAGCAACGCCUGGAAAAUGGAGGAAAACCUCCACCAUAUCGAGCUGCUUCCAGGGCUCCCGCUUCUUCCUCCUCUUCCUCUUCCUCCUCCUUCUCUUCGUCCUCUGUGGAUGACCCAAGUGGCAACCCAAUGCAGACUGCUCGAGAAGGGGGCCCUUCCAACGGGCGAGGCUUCCCCCGCUCCCUGCAGUACGGCGGCAUGCCCAGCCCCGUGCCACAUCCUGGACAGAUGAGACCAGCAGUGCCAGGAACCUUCGGCCCUUUGCGUGGAUCCGAUCCCACCAAACUGUACGGCUCUCCGCGAGUGCCCGAGCCCCAUCCCGGAGACCCGGUGCAGCAGCACCAGCACUUUGCCAUGCAGCCGGCCGUGGGACUGAGCGAGCACCGCGGGCACCGGCUGGGCACUCCGGAGAAGCAGGCCUGCGCGGCGCCGGCCCACGUGGCCGGGCUGGGCCCCCGGCUGGGCUCCCUGCAACUGGGCCGCGUGGGCGGCCCCCCACCAGAUGGUGUUUACCCACCGGCCCAGUUCCAGCAGGGCUUCCUCCCGCCACGGCACAACGGGCCCCCGGGGAAGCCGCCGGAGGGCUCGGAGGUCCCCCCCGGACACAUGUACCGGCCCUACAAGUACCUGAACCGCGCACAUCCGGCCCUGUGGAACGGCAGCCACGGCCCUGCCGGCCAGGCUGCCGUGGGGCCGGAGGAGAAGGCGCCCAUGGGGCCGGGGCCCUCGCUCCAGCCCCGGGUCCUGGGUCACAUGAUGGACCCCCGGGCCAUGAGGCCGCCGCUGCCUCCCAGCCAGUGGAGCGAGCAAUCAAAUUUCCUACCUCACGGGGUGCCUCCCUCAGGGUACAUCCGACCGCCCGGCAAAGGCACCGGUCAGAGGAUGCCGCAGCCGCCGGCCGCUCUCUUUGGGGGACCUCCUCAGGUUCAAAGAGGGUGCCAGGGCGGGGACUCCAUGCUGGACAGCCCGGAGAUGAUCGCCAUGCAGCAGCUGUCGUCCCGCGUGUGCCCGCCGGGUGUGCCUUACCACCCUCGCCAGCCGCCCCCGCCGCACCUCCCCGGGCCCUUUCCCCAGCUGGCUCAUGCUGCCUCUGCCAGCGGCCAGCCCCCAAAAGCCGUGGGAAAUGGGAGCUCACAGGAUCCAACCGGCCAGACCAUGGACAUGGACAGCAACCAAGUGGAUGCACUGGCAGGCGUGGAUGAGAAGGCUCAGUGCAUCAGCAUUCCCGACGGGGCCUACGCCAAACUCCUACCUCAUCCCAAGCCCCCGCUGCCCAUGGAGUGCACGAGGCGCGCCUUGGCCCCGGAUGGGGAGGGGGAUGGCCCCGCUGUGAAGGGCGACCUGAAGGCAGGGCAGGGCAAAGGUGCGUGGUCAGCAGAGAGCGGCUACGCCGGCGACCCAGGCUGUGUGAGGGACCUGGUGCCCACCUCCGAAAGAGGGGCUCCCCUGCCUCAGAAUGGAGCGGCGGGCGAGGGGCCGGCAGCCGGCCCCGAGGGGAAGGGGCUGGGUGCCAAUCUGCUGGAGAAGCCCCUCUGCGGUGGGGGAAAGGCUCUGCCCGAAGCAGCCGUGCCUUGCAUGGGACAGGGCACCGGCCUCCCUGGCGUGGACGCCACCUCCAUGGACGCCACCCCCAACCAGUUUCAUCCUCUCUACAUGUCCGGUCUGGAAUACCCGAAUUCAGCCGGGCGGUACCACAUCAACCCAGGCCUGCAGGGGUUCAGCCCUGUCAUGGGGGGGAAGCCACCUCCUCCUGCCUCCCACCCCCAGCAUUUUCCCCCGCGAGGUUUCCAGCCAAGCAGCGCCCAUCCAGGCGUCUUCCCGCGGUACCGGCCACCCCAGGGAAUGCCGUAUCCUUACCAGCCGCAGCCCCAACCCUCCUACCACCACUACCAGCGACCACCCUACUACGGCUGCCCACAGGGCUACUCGGACUGGCAGAGACCUCUCCACGCCCAGGCCAGCCCCAGCGGGCACCCCGGUGCCCACCCGUCCCUGGGCAGGCCCCCUUUCCCGGAGCGGGGCCCCGCCGGCCUGCAGGGCUGCGAGGCACUGAGCGCCGCCCUGGCCUCUCCCAACCGCGUGGACGUAGCGAGUGCCAAAGAGGUUUCUCCAAGCGACGGGCAGGAGCUGGGGCCUGAAGAUGAGAAGUCAGAGGAGUCCCAGGAAAGACCGGAGAGUCCCAAAGAGUUUCUUGAUUUGGACAACCACAAUGCAGCCACGAAGAGGCAGAGCUCAGUGGCAGCAGGGGAGUUCCUCUACGGAGCCCCCCCGCCACACCUGGGUGCGGGGAUGGGAUUCGGCCCGUCGGCUUUCCCUCCCCAUGGGGUGAUGCUACAGACUGGCUCUCCUUAUGGAUCCCGGCAUCCUGCCAGCCACUUCCAGCCCAGGACCUAUGGAUCACCCAUGAAUUCUCACCUGUCUCAUCAUCCAGCCUCCAGCCAGGCCAACGGCCUCUCUCAGGAGGGCCCCCUGUACCGCUGCCGAGAGGAGAACAUGGGUCACUUUCAGGCCUUGCUGAUGGAUCAGAGAGGCAGUGGAGGUGGCAUGGGGGGGCCACCCCAGGACUUGUAUAGACCCUCGGGAAUGCAAAUGCAUCAGGCUCAAGUUCCUUUCCCGAAGAUGCCUACAGCAACUAUGUCCCGAGAGGAUUUGACAUCACAAAAACCAUCAGCGUUGCCUCUGGAUCAAAGCUAGUCCAAGAAAGGACAGACUUCAUGAAGACGAAAGCCACACAUGAUUUGGACAAGGGAGAGGAGGGGCAGGCCUUGCUCCCACCCUCCCCUCGCCCCAGCAGCAUGGAGCUUCCCGGGUCUGCGGAGCACGGCGCCGUGCCGGAUUUUGUGCUGGAAACCCACAGAGGUGCUGGGCCCAGCCAGCCAAGGAGCUGGCUCACCAUCACAGGGCACCCCAAACUAGUGGCUUUCUGUGACAGGAGACUGCGUCUCAUUCAGGGUUUGAGGGAUUUUUCGGGUGGGGAGGGCGGGGGUGGGGGCGGAAACUUUCAUUGACUGCUAAACUCAGGUAUAUUUUUCAGGGUGGAAGAGGAUGAUGAUGGAAUUUUACUUGUAGUAUUAACGUGUGUGUUUUGGAGCUGGAUCCAGUUUACAGAAUUGAACCUGUUGCCUUUCUAAAUAAAUUUCUGUUGUUGGUGAAUGUAUUGUACAUAAUGGGGGAGGGGGUGGGCCCAGCUUGUAGUGGGCUUAGCACUGGAGGAAUCGUUAACUGUUUACAAUCAUAUCACACUGAAAUCUUUCAGGAUAAGGGGGAGGGUUUGGGGGCAGUGGGGAGAGGUGAGGAAAUGUGUGAUGGAUGAUUUGCUAUCUUCCUUCCUGUCCUCUGCAACCAAGACACGACCCCAUGGCUGGUUGACUUAAUAGAGGGAAUUGCUCAGGAGCAUAACAUGUCCUCCUUUUUCUCUUGUCUUCUUCCUCCUUCCCCUCUCACCCUCACCUCCACCCCUCUGGAUCCAGGGCCUGAGUGCACUUCCAGCUCCUGUCAUCAUGGGGGAACAAGGAAACCAGGACCAGGAAUUGAAAGCAGGGCAGGACACCCAUGGCAUUGUCCCUUCUGCUAGUAUAGUACCCUUCUCCCUGCCUUUCGGAUAGAAGAAAUUGUGCCCUAGAAAACAGAAAAUGGCAUAACUGGUCAUCUUAAAACUUAUUUUGGUGAAACCAGUGUAGUUGCAGGUGGAGCAGCACCUAUCCAGUAGAACAAUUUUGUGCAAAUCUGUACUGCCCUGCUGCCCAAGAAGAGAAGCCGAGUCCCCACCUCUUUCUCUGACCCUGGGCUAAAUUCACUUCUUAGCAGCAGUGAAGCUGAAAGUGCCACAGGCUUCCUGAGCACUUUUGCUGAGGAGGAAGAGCAAGAGGCUGCCUUGGGGGAAUGGUAGGAUUACUGCAGUGUGAGCCAUUUGUUGGAUUUGCAAGUUGCAGGUGAAUUGGGAAGCACUCAAGCACUCAUUCAGAGUUAGAUGUUGAGGUUGAUUGGCUCAGAAGCUGAGGGACAAAAGGGCUGCAUGCUCCAACUGAGUUGGUUUUACUUUGUUGUCAAGCAGCAGGUCCUACAGGGCCACUGGGAAAAACCCUCUGUGCCAGUGCUUGGACAGCCCCUGCUUGUUCAAGUGAGUUCUGUAGGAAUUUCAUUUGCAUUUAGACACAUCUUACAGCUAACAAGAAGUUGAUUUUUCUUGGGGAAGCUGGAGUAAAAUAGGGGAGUUGUUAAGUUAUGAGACUGGGCAGCAAGAGCUGCUGGGAGCACAGCUCUUGUGAGCAGGCUGCUGGUUGCACUGGGAGAGGACAGUGGUUAAAAAGAGGGUCUGCCAAGGAGUGGGACAGAGUAUGGCAGCAGCAGAAGGACAGAGCAACAUGCCCUUUAGUCUAUGUGAUAACAGCUAGAGGAGGAAGUCUCCAGUUUCUGGAGGAUUUUUCUGUCUGCUUUCUUAUUUUGGAUGGUGCCAUCACCCAAAUCUUUAGCUGGAUUGCACCAGGAUGCAUGGCUGUGCUGCCUUUGUCCUGCUGUGUAGAUCUACUACAAGCUGUUCAAGUAAAUGGCAGGUAGCAUCUGACUGAGCCAUUGCUCCUUCUGUCCUAAGCUUUUGGAAGCACAAAAAGCCCAAAAGAUGAGAAAUAUUCUUUCCUGAAAUAGUUGGGCAUGACUGCCAUGUUAGUGCCCAGUGAGCCUCACUUCUCUGUUGCUACAGUACUUUUGCCUCUGAUGAGCUGUUUAGGGCCAAGGAGUUAAAAUUCUUUGUGUGAUUGCACAAGUGUGCUUCCAGAUGCAGUUCUUACCCACUGCUGCAGCCAGCCUGGGAGCUGUAGCUGCUGGCUGCUUAGGCCAGGCAGUUGCCUGGGACAUCUGUCAAUGUACUGAGAAUGAUUUCCAAUAUCUAUCUACAGAUGCCAUUACAUUAGGAAAGGGAAGGUGGGGUUUUUGGUGUGGGUUUUUUUUUUCCAUUUGUAUUCAUCUGUCAGGGAGCAAUUGUGACUGGUGGAUUGAUCUAAACUGGAAGAGAUUGUCCUGAAGGUUGACCUUUGACUGAGAAAUGGGUGGCUGCUUUCCCCAGCCAAGAACAUUAUAUGUCUCUUACAAAUUUGUCCCAAAUCUGGCUCAUCAGCUGGCAGUGGUUUUCAGAGGUGCCCCAUCUGCUCCAAAAGGCAGGCCUAGAUCCUUCACUGAACAGAGCCACGGAAGCAGUAGUAGAUAUUAAUGAAAAAUUGUGCAAGUAUAACUCCUCUUUAAGGCAACAAAGCUGGGACAAACACAGUUGUUUCUCCUUGUAAAGUAGUCUUAUUCGCUGUAGAUAUAAAAAUAAUUGGAAAUAACAGAUUUAAAACCAGAGGAACUGGAAAGUACACUUUGCAGCAAAGCAUUGAAAACUAUGGAAAUGUGAAUGUAGAUUCAGCAAAGAAGCCCUGCCAUAGUUCAGCCUGCCUUCUGUAUCACAGCCAGCUGAAAUAUUGAAUGGGCCUCUCAUUCAGCCUAUUGUAAACGUUGCAGAACAGGAGGGUUUUAGAUGCUAUAAAAACUCUCCAAGAAGGCUGAAGCACACUUCAGCUGGAACUGGCACUGAAAACAUGGUUCUAGUGGUCAUGGCCUCUGGAUGAGUACCAAGCCUCAGACAAAACAGGAGACAACUAAGGAAGGCAAAAAUUUCUUGUGGUCUGCCUGGAGAGGGUAGUGCAGUGUUAGACAGUGAUAGAUACCCUCACCUGACAUGAGGGAAAUCUGGGAGAAGGGUUUGACUUACAGGUGUGGAAAACAAAACCAAGAAGUGAAGCUGACUCCUCUGGAGGGUUUCUAGGUAAAUGGCUUUUGAUGUAGUCGGUAAUUUUCAUUAAAGUGGCUAACAAGCUGCUGUUGGACAGAUGGUUUCUGUUAGACAAGUACUUAUAGAGAAUACAGGGAGCUAUGGCUGGGCUUUCCUGAGGACAGGACAUGCUGAGGUGCUGAUGGAGUCUUAGACUGGAGUUUCCAGACUUUUAAAUGCUUUGUUCAUAAGUGAGGGUUGGGGGUUUUUCUUUCCCUCUUACAGUAUCUAGGGAUCCCCUCAAAAUCAGAGCCCAAUCUUGCUAGCUACAAUCUGAGCCAAUCACUGAAAACUGAUUCCCCUCAGAGGGAACAGCCCUGGGAGAAGAUUGCUGGGCUGGAAUACCUGUGCAAAUGUAAGGAGGAACAGAUAAUGUGAAUUUUGUGAUUUCCAAACAAUGCUGCUUUGUAGAUAGUGUGGAAGAUAGGUUUGAGGGAUUUAGAAGAGUAGCAUUGCAGCUGUUUAUGUACAGAGUGGUGUUUUGUGCCACGGGUUGGAUUGCAGUGCAGGAGAAGUGUAGCUGCACUUUAAAAUAACAUGGCUUUUGAGUGCCAUGCUUGUGCCACUAUCUUAAAUUUUGAACACAAUACAGUGAAACUGCAGUGCAUUCCCAGCAUUGUUGUACAAUUUAUUACCAGGUGGUCCUUUUUCAGAAAGCAUCCUGAACUAGUGACUUUGCAAAAUUUCCUGUAGCUAUUACUUUUCCCAUCUGGAGGAUGUGUUCUGCUAUAAUUACAGAUUUCAUGUUAAAUGAGAUUAUAUAAUACAUAGAACAAUUAUGAAGUUGACCAUGCUCAAGCACAACAAAAAUUUCCAAUGUUCUCAGAAGAGCUUUGUGUGCUACUCUACCUUUUUAUCCUCUUGCUCUCCCCACCACUUCCUCCUUCUUAAGUGGUGUGUGGUGUUCCCAAGCUCCCUGGAUGUCAAGUUGCCUUUGCAAAGGCUCUUGUAUAAAAUCCCCCCGAGACUCUGAAUCUUUGGCCAUCUUAGGUGAUACAGGCCCUGACAAUUCAACUGGAAAGGGCAGUCACUGAGGCUUCACUGUGACUGAUAGCAAACUUAGAAGAAGUUUGCAGUCUAUAAAUUCCAUGGUGUGACCCACCAAACCACUCAGUAGCAAUCCAAGGCACCAGCCUGCAAUGAGGAGGACAAAAGAGGAAAGCAAAUUUGAAGCUUCAAGGUCCAACUAGUUUGAUUUGUGACUUUGAGGAGACACUUUUCUUGGAAGCUUCUGAUUCUUUCUUGUCUGCCAAAUGCCUUUUCCAUGCAGACUUUUCGAAGCAAAUCGCCUGUGUAUAUUUUUGUAAGUGUGGUUUCUCAGGGUCUUGGAGAGCUAUCAGCUUUAUGAUGUCUUAUCUGAAAGCAAGUCACAGAGACUGUCUUUCAUUCUGCUGACUGAGGCAGCUUCCCUGCAGGUUCUCACCCCAACACUUCUCCAUUUAAAAUGAAAGUAUAAUUAGAAAACAACCUUUCUUUAUUUUCUCCACUGAUCCCUGUCAGGUUUUUGUUCAUCUCUCUGUUCAGCCAGGGUGGUUUCUUUGUUCUUGAUGGCUUUGUUCUCCUUUCCUUUUCUGAAAAGACUGUGUUGAUGUAUGCUCUGUGGAAUUUCAGAGAAGGUGCUGAAAUGAGUGACAGGGAAGUGUCAUCCCUAAGGGUGGCUUGGAGAGGGCCAGCAGUGCAAUCUGUGAUGGUGUAGUUGGUCCUGGUUCCCUUUGCUGCAGAGCAGCCAUGCAACUGGGUCUGUACUUAAUCAGAGCAACCUCUUAAAAAGUUUUUAUUGUGGUGCAUCAGUGGAGGAACAGAGGAGUUUGCUCUUGCAGAAUUCCUGUUUUGCUUUAAGGUGGGUGCUGGUGGUUGCAGAGCAGUUGUGUGAGUGCCAGGUCCUUCCUGCAAGGCCAGGACUGAGAUAGCAGACUGUUCAAGGAGGGCUGCAGCUGCAGCCCCUGUGAGCUUUAAGAGCCUGUGUUUAUUGUGAGGGAGAGAGCAUCUCAAAGUUUGCCCUUGCAGCCUCUCCCCAUCCGUACCUGUUUUCCAUGGAGUGAAGGAGAACCCUUUUAACCAGCACAUACUGAACUGCUCCUGCUGGUUUUCACUCUGCCCACCUCCCACUCUGACAAAGAGCUGGGGAGGGACCCAUUUCCAGCUAUCUCCCAACAGGAGCUCCUUGCCCUGGGUACCACCAGGGCAAGGUUCAGUCCAUCCCUAGGCAGGGAAAUUCAGGACAGGGUUUAAUGGAUUUGAAACUAGAUAGUAACAUCCAAGUGUACCUUUGAAGUGAGCUGUGUUGUGCCCUUCCCUUUUUGAUCACUGUCUCACCUUGGCUGACAUGCAGGAUUUGAGAGACUGUGGAGCAUUUUGUAGAUCUUACACUGCUGGUCUUGCCUUGACUGAGGGCUUCUUUCCUUCGUUUGCAGCCAUGGCCUAAAUUUCUUUUGGCAAAGGUCUUCCUCUUUUUGAAACGUGGAUAUCAAAGUGAACAGCGCAUCCAGGAGAGCGCUACGUCCACCAGGGAAAGAGGGGACAAAGGAUUCAUUAGGACUGAGGCUUAAUUGGGAUUUUCACCAACUCUAGCGAGUCCCUUUUAUUUGGAAACUCUUGGCUCACUUAGCAUAAGGGCAGUAAGUGGAAUAUCUUCUAAAUGAAAGCAGAAUUGACUCUGUGUGAGCACAAUUCCCUUGUUGUGAACAAAGUCAGACCAGAGAGCCACUGGGGACUCCUUUGGACAUGAAAUGAGUAAGAGACCUGCAGGCACCUGGUGCACUCAAACGCUGGAACACGGCAGGGGAGCAAUCUCCCUUUCUGAAGCCAGCCAGGCAGCUCCAGGAGCCCAGGCCUCAACUCUUAGUCUGGAAAGUCCUCUGAUUCCCUUUUGUAUCAUAUGCCAACCCUUCCCCUCUCCUUGCUUGCAGCUUUCAAGCCUCUUUCCCUCUGCUGGCUUCCCUGCAGUCGGUGGCUGCCAAGGGCAGAGAUGAAAGCUCGCUGCCUACGCGAGCACAAGGGCACAGGGCUGGCCUUGCCAGCUGCCUCCUCUGCACACACACAGACAGCAGCUGGGGAGGGCACAUUUAGUCUCCUCAUGAAAUUAGGGUGUCCUCAGUGGCUCACAAGUAUUCUCUUGUGUGCCCCUGGGGUUUGCCACCCAGGCACAGCAGUGUCCAUCUGUCCAUCUGCCAGUACAAGGGUUUGCUCCUGGUCCCAGUGCAGGGCUCCCACAUGUGAUCCUGGCAUUUCUACCUCCAGGAGGGUUUAGGUUAAAAAUGCCUGUGCAUAUACUGUGUACAGCUGUGGAAACUCGUGUCUCUCCUCCUUGAUGGAUCAGUGAAUGCUACUGCCUGAUCUUUUUCUGAGCAAUAAUAACAUGCAACAGUGCAACUUUGACCUUCUUGUACUGUUUUAGGGCUAAGGUGGCUAUGGAACACACUGGGGGGUUUUCACAGUCUCUGGGAAGCAAGGUGCUCUCUGUGGCCCUGCAUUUUAUCAUGCCAUGUUCCUGCUUUCCCAGAGACUGGUGGGUUGAUUUAGGUAUCUAUGAGAGAGCUGGUUGCUGCUUCUGUGUUUGGGAAGGCAGAGAGGGAAGGGAGCAGUUGGGUAAAGUUGAGCCUCAUCUAUCCAUCUAUCCAUCCACAGAGCAGGGCACAUGGAAGAGGGGUGGGUGGAGAACUGAUUUAAUGCCUCUGGGGGAGGAGAGUGACCCACUGCUGCUUCACUUGGCACUGCUGGGGAGGGACUGGGGGAGCCUAUGCCACUACAUUCAUUCAUUUUUCUGAAGUUGGCUAACAUUGGGGUUGUUUUUGUAUUAUUGUAAGUUUGUAAAGAAUGUAAUCUGUCUGUCGGGGGCACAAGGAGAAAACGGGGGCCUUUCUCUUUUUGGGUGAGGCAGUUCUUAUGUUGCUGUGCUUUUUGUUGUUGGGCAGGGAGGGGUCUAGUGGCCAUGGGGGCAAAAGCCUGGCCCUUGUCAACAGCUUACAGCUGUCCCAGGGUUACAGGAGGGUGAGCUGAGGCUGCUGCAGAGACCUCCCACACCGAGCUGUGAAAAUGCCUCUGCCUGUGUCCCUCAGUGGGGGAAAUCUGACCUCUGCAGUGGGGCUCUACACUGGCGUGUUUUGCUGGGUGUGCUGGGGUGUCACAUUCGAGGACUGGGCUUGCUUGUCCUCAGCUCAAUUGGAAACUGGGCUGAACAGCUGCUCAUGCUGUUCAGGAAGGGUUGGACUGGAUGGGCUCAGUUUAUCAGCUCAAGAAGGAGUUCAUGCUGGAGCUGCUCAUCCCAGCACUUCUGUCCCCAGCAGGGCCUCAGGGGCUGCACCUCUCCAUCACCUGUUGCCCAGGAGCCCUCUCCUUCCUCCCCAUCCUGUAGAGCACAGUGUCAGGGAUCCUCUUCUCUCUCCUGCUGCUGCAAAGUUGUGUGAACUUUCCUGGUCAAUACUGGAAAGGGGAAUGCUAUUUAUUUUUAUAUUGUGUAUAUUUUGUCUUGGUCUGCUGAUUACCUUUGUUCCCCAAGAGCGACAGUUACCUCAAUAGUUAGUUUAAUACUGUGUGUUGGGUAAUUUUUUUAAAGAACUUUUUUAAAAUCUUGAUCCUUGGAGGUCUGUAGAUUUUAUUUCCAUAUGAAUUGGUUAUUUUGUAUAAAGUACGUUCUUAAAAUAGCAA